GACCAUAAGAAUUGUAACAGAAAGAAAGGACAGUCAAGAAGAGAAUGGCUCUUCAACUUCAUGCUUUGAACCCUCCCUCCUCUGUUUCAAUGAUACCUACCCGAUAUGUCAUACUGAGAGCUCCAUGCAACAUCCGAUCCAAUUGGCAGAUCAGAUGUGUUGCUAAUGCUAGCAUCCAAUCUCAAGCAGAAGACAUUAUUAAUAAGCCAUCAGUAGUCUAUCAACCUACCAUUUGGGAUUAUGAUUUCGUCGAAUCAUUACGUAGUGGUUAUGUGGAAGACACAUUCAGAUCAAGAGCAAAGGAAAUUACAGAAGAUGUCAGGGUUAUGCUCAACAAGGAGGUUGAACCAUUGGCUCAGCUUAAGCUGAUCGAUGUCUUGCAAAGGCUUGGUUUGGGACACUUCUUCGAUAAAGAGAUAGAUCGAACCUUGCAAGCAAUAUACAAUGACAGCAAUACUGAUAAGUGGAUUAAGGAUGAUUUAUAUGCUACUGCUCUCCAUUUUAGGCUUCUUAGGCAAAAUGGAUAUCUGCUCUCCCAAGAUGUGUUUAGUGGAUUCUUGGAUGAAAAAGGAAAAUUCCAAGAGUCCCUCUGUGAUGACACUAUGGGAAUGCUGAGCUUGUAUGAAGCUUCAUACUUAGGUGCAGAAGGUGAAAGCAUCUUGGAUGAUGCCAGAGACUUUACUAAAAGACAUCUUGAAGACAUAAAGGACUACAAAGACUCAAAUCUUGAGACCCAAGUGAAGCAUUCUUUGGAAGUUCCCUUGCAUUGGAGGAUGCUUAGGCCAGAGACAAGGUGGUAUAUUGAUGCUUACCAAGGACAAGAGGAUAUGAAUCCUAUCAUUCUUGAAUUGGCUAAGCUGGACUUCAACAUGGUGCAAGCAGUGCAUCAGAGAGAUCUCAGACAUGCAUCAAGGUGGUGGCGAAAUCUCGGUUUAGCAGCGAAAUUGAGCUUUGCAAGGGACCGGCUGGUGGAGAGUUUCUUGUGGAGUAUGGGGGUUACCUAUGAGCCUCAGUAUGAGCGCUGCAGAAACUGGCUUACAAAAGUCAUGAAUUUUGUUCUAAUAAUAGAUGACAUUUAUGAUGUCUAUGGCUCUCUUGAGGAACUCGAGCUCUUCACUGAUGCAGUUGAGAGAUGGGAUAUGGCAGCAAUGAAAAAACUUCCAGACUACAUGAAGAUGUCUUUCUUAGCUCUCUUCAACACCACUAAUGAAAUGGCCUAUGACAUUCUCAAAGAGCAGGGUUGGGAUAUCCUACCAUACUUGACGAAAACGUGGGCAGAUUUCAUUAAGGCAAUGUUUGUUGAGGCCAAGUGGUACCAAACCAGAACAACCCCAUCAACUGAGGAGUACUUGAAGAAUGGAUGGGUUUCAUCUUCUGGAACAGUAUUUCUUGUCCAUGCAUUUUUUGCAACAGGGCAAGAGAUUAAUGAGGAAGUACUUGAAUUCCUUGACAACAACCCAGAUCUAAUAUUUGGCCCUUCCAUGAUCUUUCGGCUUUCCAAUGAUCUCGCCACUUCAUCGGCCGAGCUAGAGAGAGGUGAUGUUUCAUCAUCGAUUCAUUGUUACAUGUAUGAGCAUAAAGUUUCUGAGCAGGUAGCCCGUGAACACAUUAGAGCCAGGAUUAUGGAGACAUGGAAAUUGAUGAACAAAUCUAUCACCAAUUCUCCAUUCUCCAGCCAAUUUGUCCAUUUCUGUCUAAAUCUUGCCCGAACAUCACUUUGUGUAUACCAAUAUGGAGAUGGACUUGGUGCCGAGAGCAGCAAAAGCAAGGACCAUGUGUUGUCCUUGAUAGUCAAACCUAUUGCAAUUGGGAGCCCUUUAACUACUCACUCAAAGCAUGUUGACGAUGGUUUACUUUCAGUUUCAUAAAGAGACUCGGUUAAGUAACAGUGGCUACUUGUUUCAGCUACCUGAACCUAGCUUAUCGGUGGAUAAAUGUCCCAAUAAAUGUAAUAUAUUAAAGCAGUAUGCAUAAAGAAAUCUUUAUAAACAGAAUCACCACUCCAAUAAUUUGGUGAGCUCCUUUUGUAUAUAUCACAGUUGAUCAAGGACUCUGAGUUUUUCAAGUUAUCAAUGUAGAAUCUAAUAUUUGGGA